GGCGCGAUGGCGGCGCGCUGCUUGGGCCGCGGCGUCGGGCGGCUACUAGGCGGCCUCCGUGGAGUGGGGGUGCGGGCGCUGGCUGCCCCCCGGCUCUGGAGCAGCGCCUCCGCUCCUGCAGCGCCGCCCAGCUCCUACCAAGAGCGAAUCGCGCUGGCAGCUCGCGAGCCCGCCGCCUUCUGGGGGCCACUGGCGCGGGACGCUCUCGUGUGGGACACCCCCUACCACACGGUGAGCGACUGUGACUUCCGCAGCGGCAGGAUCAGCUGGUUCCUGGGAGGCCAGUUAAACGUGUCCGUUAACUGCUUGGAUCAGCACGUUCAGAAGUCCCCGGAGAGCAUCGCUUUGAUCUGGGAGCGAGAUGAGCCUGGAACUGAAGUGAAGAUCACCUACAGGGAGCUACUGGAGACCACGUGCCGCCUGGCCAACACACUCAAGAGGUAUGGAGUCCGCCGAGGGGACCGAGUGGCCAUCUACAUGCCUGUCUCCCCACUGGCUGUGGCUGCCAUGCUGGCCUGUGCCAGGAUUGGAGCCAUCCACAAUGUCAUCUUUGCUGGCUUCAGUGCCGGGUCCUUGGCUGGGAGGAUCAACGAUGCCCAGUGCAAGGUGGUUAUUACCUUCAACCAAGGACUCCGGGGAGGGCGCGUGGUGCAGCUGAAGAAGAUCGUUGACGAAGCCAUAAAGGUCUGCCCAUCCGUCCAGCAUGUCCUGGUGGCUCACAGGACAGACAACAAGGUCCACAUGGGGGAUCUGGACAUUUCCCUUGAGCAGGAGAUGGCCAAGGAGGAGCCAGUGUGUGCCCCGGAGAGCAUGGGCAGUGAGGACACACUCUUCCUGCUCUAUACCUCGGGGAGCACUGGGAAGCCCAAGGGGCUCGUCCACACCCAGGCGGGCUACCUGCUGUAUGCUGCCCUGACGCACCGGCUUGUGUUUGACUACCGGCCAGGUGAUGUCUUCGGCUGCGUGGCUGAUAUCGGCUGGAUCACAGGACACAGCUAUGUGGUGUACGGGCCCCUCUGCAACGGAGCGACCAGCGUCCUCUUUGAGAGCACUCCGGUUUACCCCGAUGCGGGUCGGUACUGGGAGACGGUGCAGAGGCUGAAGAUCAAUCAGUUCUAUGGUGCUCCGACGGCCUACCGGCUGCUGCUGAAGUUCGAGGACUCCUGGGUGAAGAAGUACGACCGCUCCUCUCUGCGGACCCUGGGCUCAGUGGGAGAGCCGAUCAAUCACGAGGCCUGGGAGUGGCUGCACACGGUGGUGGGGGACGGCCGGUGCACCCUGGUAGACACCUGGUGGCAGACAGAAACGGGGGGCAUCUGCAUCUCUCCGCGGCCCUCGGAGGAGGGGGCAGAGAUCCUGCCCUGCAUGGCCAUGAGGCCCCUGUUCGGCAUUGUUCCCGUUCUCAUGGAUGAGAAGGGAAACAUCCUGGAGGGCGGAGAUGUGUCUGGGGCUCUGUGCCUGUCCCAGGCCUGGCCGGGCAUGGCCCGGACCAUCUAUGGAGACCACCAGCGAUUCCUGGACGCCUACUUCGAGGCCUACCCUGGCUACUACUUCACGGGAGACGGGGCUUACCGAACAGAGAAGGGCUACUACGAGAUUACUGGGCGCAUGGACGACGUUAUCAACAUCAGCGGCCACCGGCUGGGGACCGCGGAGAUCGAGGACGCCAUGGCUGACCACCCCGCGGUGCCCGAGACUGCUGUCAUUGGCUAUCCGCACGACAUCAAGGGAGAAGCCGCCUUCGCCUUCGUUGUGUUGAAAGAUGACGCGGGUGAUGUGGACGUGGUGGUGAAGGAGCUCCGGUCGGUGGUGGCCGACAAGAUCGCCAAGUACGCAGUGCCCGAUCAGGUCCUGGUAGUGAAGCGUCUUCCAAAAACUCGGUCUGGAAAAGUCAUGCGGAGGCUCCUGAGGAAGAUCGUCACGGGCCGAGCUCAGGACCUGGGGGACACCACCACCCUGGAGGACCCCGGCGUCAUCACGGAGAUCCUGAGCGCCUACCAGGAAUACAAAGACAAGCUGGGGGGUGCCAAGUGAUGGCUCUGCUGAGACCCCGAGCCAGGCCCCUGUGUGUUCCUAGAACACAGCUCCUGGGUUGGCUUGUUCCUAAAUGCCCCAGCAGAACCCAGGCUGCCCUCCUCGUGAAGCCUGAAGUCCCUGCCUCCCCUCCCAGGGACCCAUGACAGGUCCUUGCCCAGGGCGAGCUUCCUCCCACUUGUCCCGAAUCUGGUUUCCUGGUGAAAAGUCCAUUCCCCUGCCCUCCUGACAUCACAGGAAGGUGGAGCCCCUGUGUCUGCUCAGGUGGACUGGGAGCAAACAGCAGUCAUAUUUCCUCCAGAUGUUUCUAGAAACAAAAGGUGAAGAUUUUAUUUUUAUACUUUUAUAUUUUAGAAGAAACAUGGUGCCCACACACGUGCUGUGUGUGCUUUACUUGUACACACUCUUCUUAACAGUUAUGAAAAGCUCCUUUUUUGCCUCCGCUCGUGGGGAAGCGUGGCGGGCUGGAGGGUGCACUUUGGGUUACUGUUUGGCCUGUUGGAAAUGUUAAGUUGGAAAUGUUUGUGCCUCUGUCUUAACACGGCUAUCUUGAAACCUCUCAAGCCCACAGCAUCUAUUUUUGGUGUGUUUCCACUUCUCUUGGGUUGUGUGUGAUGAAACCUAGCUGCUAGAAGCACCUGUGGGGAUGGGCUCUGGUCGCAUGUGUUUGUGCAGGCUGUGGUCUGAGAUGAUUCCCCUCCCCUGGCCUGGGAUCCUCUUAGCCGCUGGUUGGUGUGCUCCACUCUUGGGGCUCUUCAGGGAAGCUGGGGACUCACUAAUGCAGCUGAAACUGGGUCCCCGCAAACCGCCCUACCUCCCUGCUCUGAGCCAGUCUUUCUCUUUGUCAAUGUGCCUUGAGUCCUCUGGACUUAACAAAAUGAUGUGGACUGGUAGACUGCAAAGGGUCUAUUUAUAGCCAAGUACACGAGGGUCCACUUGUGGAUCAAGGGGAGGAUGGCCUGCUGAGCUGGGUCCCAGAGAACAGGGAAGGCUGCCCCCACCUGGCCCUGAGCCCCACAGUGGGUGGUGCCCUGCAGGUGUUAGCAGGGCAUCGGGUUGCUUAACACCUGCUGUGGCCGUGCUGGGUGGCCAGGCGAGGAUGGGUGGCCUUGGCUGUAGUGCACGGCGCUAACAGAACCACACACCUGCACUUGUAGCAUUUCGAUGGGCUUAGUUCAUUAUGGUCAGGGCACUACUUAGGAAAUGACUUCGCUAUAAAACUGGGACAGUGACCAGGGCCUCAAAAUGAUCUGCAGAGCCAUUCAAAUAAAGCUUUACUUUGUUCAUUCUC